AUGCAACCAAGUCAGUACGGAGACUUUCACCCGGAAAAUAUACCUACCGCACUUUCCCAUCUUCGACCUGACGGCCACGUCCCAGUCCUAAACGACAAUAGUUUCUAUGGCGGCCAGUGUCAUAUUUUCAAGGCAGACUUCCCAGACGGCGAAUGCUGGGCUGUGCGGAUUCCACUCUACGCACGAUACGCUUCUCGAGAUGGCUUCAUCAUUCAGCUCGAGCACGAGGCAAAAGUUCUCCGAGAGCUGGAGCUCAAAGGGUUUCGAUGGGCGCCCAAGCUAAAGAGCUCCAGUCUCACAUUCGAAAACGUGGUUGGAUACCCGUUCCUUGCCUUGUCGUGGGUGCAAGGCACGCCUCUUUCCUGGUCUGAAGAUCAUCCACCACGUUCUCUCCGCAAUAAGGUUCUUGGACAAGUUGCCCUGAUACAAGAGGCACUCAUCGAGUGCACCAAAGAAAAGAGAGGCACCGCUACGAAAUUCUUCGAGAGAGUAGCAAACAACAGACUCUACAAAGUCCGAAAUGGCGACAUGCCUGAUAUUACAGAGCAAGACUGCUUUGAACAAAAAUCUCUUCUUCCCGAAGUGCUUUAUCCCAGUCUGGACGACGCGCCAUUUGCUCUGGACCAUGAUGAUUUAUUACCAUCAAAUAUAAUAAUUGAUGAGGAGCACAAUGUUGUCGGCAUUGUUGAUUGGGGAUUUGCUGCAAAAGUGCCAAUGCAACUGGCUGCUGGUCUUCCUCGAUUUCUAUAUGCCCAGCCACCCGACCGUCCACCGAGCCAGACUCUUCAAGAAGACCGAAAAGUCUACCUCGCUUCCCUCGCUUCUCGCUCUUCUCAAGCUGCGUCCUGGAUGUCAUUCAUUCAAUCUGCUGAAGCUGUUGAUUUUCGAACUUGCUUUCUGGAAUCGCUGAUGAGCAAGGGUAUGCACGCUUGGCUAGCACGGAGGGGAUGGAAAAUUUCUCAUUCAAAUCAUCCCUCCAAGGAUUUCAGAUGAUCCGACUGAAUCUGUCUCCUGUCUCGCUAUGGUCGGUUCGAUAAACAAUGCACCUCUUGGUAAACUUUUCGACACAG